AUAUGCCAGUUUAGGGUGUGUGAGCAAAGCCAGAAGGAAGAGUUGAUUACAAAGAGGGAGAGCUGAUUACAUACAGGCAUCUAUGAACAUGGGUGAUCACAGUGAAGUUAGCUCUGCUCCAAUUACUCCUAGGCCGAUGACACCAAGGCAAGGGACACCGCCUAUAUCGGCUCCAAUUACCCCUAGGCCAAUGACACCAAGGCAAGGGACACCGCCUAUAUCGGCUCCAAUUACCCCUAGGCCAAUGACACCAAGGCUAAUGACACCGCCCAUAUCGGCUCCUCCGUCGCAGUUCCACUCUCCUUCCCUCUCCCGGUCACCGCUGCUAAUUUCCAUCGGAGGAGACCAAGUGGAACCUGCAGGCAAAACACCCAAAACAUCCAAAACAUCAACACCCAGAACAUCCAGGACUCCGAAUUUUAGGACUCCUAUAAUCAGAACCCCUCGCUUCAUUACUCCCUUGGGGAGCCCCAUUAGGAAGGCGUUGCGCUUCACUAAGCUCGACCCUCAAGAUGCUUGGCUGCCCAUCACUGAGUCAAGAAAUGGAAAUAUAUACUAUGCUGCCUUCCACACCCUCUCUUCUGGGAUAAUUGGAAUUCAAGCCCUAGUCCUCCCUGUGGCCUUCACUGUUCUUGGGUGGACAUGGGGGACCAUCUGCUUGACAGCAGCAUUCAUAUGGCAACUCUACACUCUAUACUUACUUGUCCAUCUCCAUGAAUCCCCCGAAACCGGCAUGCGAUUCAGCCGAUACCUUCAGCUCUUCAAUGCAACUUUUGGUGAGAAGAUGGGGAAUAUUUUUGCGAUAUUUCCGAUAAUGUAUCUAUCAGGAGGAACAUGUGUUGCCCUAAUCAUCAUGGGAGGCUCAACAAUGAAGCAGUUCUACCUGACAGUCUGCGGUGGCGCCGCCUGCUCGCCGAACCCACCAACAACUGCAGAGUGGUACUUGAUAUUCACAUGUGCUGCAGUUGUGCUGUCCCAGCUGCCCAACUUGAACUCCAUCGCCGGUGUUUCGCUGAUCGGCGCUGUCACUGCAGUGACCUAUUGUACCAUGAUAUGGGUAGUGUCUGUGGCUGAGGGGAGCUUGUCUGGGGUUUCAUACAAUCCAGUUUCGUCCAGCUCAGAAAUUGGUAGAAUUUUUGAUGUUUUGAAUGCACUUGGGAUCAUUGCUUUUGCCUUCAGAGGCCACAACCUCAUCCUUGAGAUUCAGGCCACAAUGCCAUCUGAUGAGAAGCAUCCAUCACAUGUGCCAAUGUGGAAGGGUGUCAAGGUUUCAUAUACGAUAAUUGCAAUGUGUCUCUUUCCCCUAACCUUUGGGGGCUAUUGGGCAUAUGGUCAAUCGAUACCGAGCGAUGGGGGCGUGCUAGCGGCAUUGUUUCAAUACCAUGGCCGUGACACAUCUCAAGUCAUCUUAGGACUAACAAGCUUAUUCGUCAUAAUUAACGCGGUAAGCUCUUUCCAAAUCUAUGGCAUGCCAACAUUCGACGACAUCGAGUCCAAGUACACCAUGAGAAAGAAGAAGCCAUGUCCAAAGUGGCUCAGGGCACUUAUCCGGGCCUUGUUUGGAUUUGGGUGCUACUUAAUGGCCGUGGCCUUACCAUUCGUGAGCAAGUUGACUGGACUUCUUGGUGGCUUCGCCCUACCAAUCACAUUAGCCUAUCCAUGCUUCCUGUGGCUCAAGACCAAGAAACCAAAAAUGUAUAGCCCAAGUUGGUUGAUUAAUUGGGGAUUAGGGACAUCAGGGAUGGGGCUAAGCGUAAUAGUAAUCGUGGCCAGUAUAUAUGUUCUGAUUGAUACUGGGAUUCACGUUAGCUUCUUUAAUCCUUAGUGAUUAAUGAAUUUA